GCAGGUGGAGGAGACAUGGAGGCCGCCCCGGACCUGCGGGACCUGGAGACCAAGGUGGGGAGGAAAGCCCCGGAGAGCCUGCUGCGGUGGAUGAGAGAAGAACCGGAGCUGAGGGGCGGGAGCGGCGGGGCCGGGAGUCUGGGGAACAAGAUGGAAGCGCUGCGGCUGGAGCUGGCCUGUCUCCGAUCCAUUGAUGUCCAGAUUCUGCAGCAGCUGUUACUUGUGAAUGAGGGGAUCGAGGCUGUGAAGUGGAUCCUGGAGGAGAAGGGGGCGCUCCUCACCAGUCGCUGCAGUAGUCUGACCAGCAGUCAGGAGACGUCGCGGCGCGGCAGCUGGAACAGUCUCCAGGACCCCGCUGACCGGCUGGACAGCAUCUCUAUCGGCAGCUACCUGGACACAUUGGCCGAUGACCUGGACGAGUAUAGUCUGAGCACCAGCGAGCCCGUGGUCUCCACCCCCCGCCGCCUCCCACUGACCACCACCGACCAUGACAGUUAUAUGGCGCUGACCAACGGCCCCUCAAAGCAGCUGGAACCGGACACGAAACCCCUAGAGGAGAAACCCAAACUAAGGCCAAGCCAGAACGGGAGGGCGUCCAGCAAGGUCCACCUGGAAUAUGAUGCCCACUGGCGCUGGGUGCAGUCCCAGGACGAUGUGACUUUUCUAUAACCCGGGUGAGGGCGGAGCCUCGGAUUCUAUUUGGGGGUGGGCCUUGUAAUCUACUCAGGAGUGGACCCCAGACUCUUCUGACAGGGGGGGGGGGGGGGGAGAGACACGUUCAUAGUCCUUGUUAUAGACUCAUCAGGUUCUGGGAUUUUGUGCAGGACUGUUGGGGUGAGGAACAGUCUGGAGGAGACUUUCCACAAUGGCUGCAGCUGACGUGAUUGGUCGGUGACUACUGAAAUCUCCUCCCUCUGUAAUAAAGCUUUUUUUGUUGUCCGUCACAA